AUGCCGCGCCAGGCCACCCCUCGGUCGUUGGCCGGAGCGGGCGGCGGGACCCAGGGGGUUCGGGGGGCAGCGGCCACCAUGUUCCGUUCCCUGCUGCUUCACUCGCUGAGACUCUGCACCCAGACGGCCUCGUGCCUCGUGCUUUUCCCGCGCUUCCUAGGCUCUGCCUUCAUGCUCUGGCUGCUGGACUUCCUGUGCAUCCGCAAGCACUUCCUGGGACGACGCCGUGGGGACCAGCCUCAACCCGAGGUGGAACUCAACAGUGACGGUGAGGAGGUGCCCCCCGACGACCCCCCGAUCUGCGUGUCAGACGACAACCGCCUGUGCACUCUAGCGUCGCUCAAGGCGGUGUGGCACGGACAGAAGUUGGAUUUCUUCAAGCAGGCGCACGAGGGCGGCCCAGCGCCCAACUCCGAGGUGGUCCUGCCCCAGGGCUUCCAGAGCCAGCACAUCUUAGACUAUGCACGUGGAAACCGCCCACUGGUGCUCAACUUCGGCAGCUGCACCUGACCCCCGUUCAUGGCGCGCAUGAGCGCCUUCCAGCGCUUGGUCACCAAGUACCGGCGCGAUGUGGACUUCCUCAUCAUCUACAUCGAGGAAGCGCACCCUUCUGACGGUUGGGUCACCACAGACUCCCCCUACAGCAUCCCGCAGCACCGAAGCCUGGAGGACCGCGUCAAUGCGGCACAGGUACUGCAGCAGGGCGCGCCGGGCUGCGCUCUGGUCCUAGACACCAUGGCCAACUCCAGCAGCUCAGCCUAUGGCGCCUACUUUGAGCGCCUCUAUGUCAUCCAGAAUGGCACCGUCGUGUUCCAGGGCGGCCGUGGGCCCGACGGCUACCAGGUGGCAGAGUUGCGUACCUGGCUAGAGCGCUACAAUGAGCAGCAGUAUAGCGCUCAGUCUCGUCGGGUGUAA